CAGCUUCCCCAACCCCGCGCACAGCGGGCACUGGUUUCGGGCCUGUCUCCUACCAAGUCCCCAGAGCAACUCGGACUUGGGAAAUUUCUCUCGUGUUCCCCAAACACACGUGGGUCGGCCGCGCGCCCCCAGGACGUGGGCAGGGCUUCCCCGUGUCCAGGAAAGCGACCGGGCAUUGCCCCCAGUCUCCCCCAAAUUUGGGCAUUGUCUCCUGGUCUUCCAACGGACUGGGCGUUGCUCGCAGACACCGAGGACUGGCCCCGGGGUCUCGCUCACCUUCAGCACCGUCCACCGCCCGCCACAGAGCGUUCGAUCGCCCGCUGCCUGGGCUCCUGGUGCGCCCGCGGACUCAGCCUCCAGCUUCGCGGAGAUGGUCUCCCCAGACCCCCAAAUUAUCGCGGUGGCCCCCGAGACUGAACUCGCGUCUAUGCCAGUCCAACGUUCUGAGGACGGGGUAACCAUUAUCCGGAUAUUUUGGGUGGGCCCCAGAGGCGAGCUGCUUAGACGCAACCCGGUGAGCUCGGCCAUGCAGGUACCAAUGGGAUUCCCAAUGGGGAAGUCGAUGCUGGUGCUUCUCACCUUCUUGGCCUUCGCCUCGUGCUGCAUUGCUGCUUACCGCCCCAGGGAGACCUUGUGUGGCGGGGAGCUGGUGGACACCCUCCAGUUCGUCUGUGGGGACCGCGGCUUCUACUUCAGUAAGUGGUGGGGGGCUUCCUCAAACGUGCUCAGGCCCCUGGCCUCAAGCCAAGGGGAGCACACUCCAAUGUCAGCGGCCCGGCCCCUUACCGUGAGACUUUGACCUUCCAGCCGAAUUUCCCACACCCGCUGACUUUCCCAUCACAUGCUCCUGUGAAGGGUGAGCCAGAGGGGACACUCACGGGGGUUGCCCUCGGCAUCAGAAUUCCUGAUGGGAGCCACGAGGCUCCGGCUGCCAAGGCACUGCGCCGCUAGGGCUUCAGGCUCUAAAGGAAGAGCCUGCCUUUCUUCCUGCACCUUUUGGAUGUUUUGACAAGGGACGUAUGUUCAAUGAGUGAUCAGAAUUAAAAUAAAGUGACUUAAAGAAUUAAACCCAAUAAAGCAAGAGCAGCUGGCAGGUGGCAGGGCUGAGCAUGCAUGCGCCUCCU